AUGUCUUUUGAAGGUAAAGGACCAGAUCUGAUCCGCGUGAGUGCGAAGACUUGGAUUCUGGUUGGCGCAGUCAACUUUGCGUACGUCGCGAAUCUCACGGCGGUGGUGGCAUCUGGCUUCCUCGCAACACCGCUCGGAACACUCUUCGCGGACUCACAGAAUACGGUCUGGCUCGCGGUCUCCUUGAACAUCCUUACAUCAGCAUUCGGCCCACCGAUCAGCCAGAUUGCAGACCUGUGGGGACGCAAAUGGCCCCUGGUCACUGUCUUACUGAGCGGCGUCGUCGGCUCUGUGGUCGCCUCAAGAGCUCAGUCGCUCGACACAGUCAUUGCAGGAUUCUGCCUCAUCGGUGUGGCCACGAGCAGCCAGCCUCUGCUACACGCUGUCGUAUCCGAGGUCCUUCCGAGGGCUCAAAGACCUCUCGCUCAAGCUACUCUUCAUGCCACUUCCGGUUUGGCCGCGUUCAUUGGUAUUUGCAUGGGCGGUGCUCUGCUCCGAUACGACCAGCUGGAAAACUACAGAAUAUACAUGUAUGUUCUCGUUGGCCUCUUCUCUCUGGCUGUAGCGGGCGUGUCACUGGGCUACAAUCCACCCCGUCGGGAAUUGGAGAAGGCGAUGAGCACAAGAGAGAAGAUUCAAUCAAUUGACUGGAUAGGAUCCUCGCUUCUGACGCCUGGCUUGGUCCUCUUUUCACUCGCCCUUGGCUGGUCCAGAAACCCCUACCAAUGGUCAGACGCCCAUAUACUAGGCCCUUUCGUCACCGGAAUUGCAUGCUUGAUUGCAUUUGGCAUAUACGAAUGGCGAUUCACCGACAAAGGCCUCCUCCAUCACGGCCUGUUCAGAAUGGGGAGGAACUUCCCAUUCGUCUUGGCUGUUGUCUUUGCGGAAGGUGUAUCGUUCUUUGCUGCAAAUCAAUACUUCGCCUAUCAGGUUGGCAUGCUAUUGAGCUUCGACCUCCUGAUCGCAGGGCUCCAUUACGGAGUCAUGUUUCUCGCUGCCGUGAUAUUUUCAAUGUUCGGAGGAUGGUAUUCGGUCCGGACCAAAUCGGUGAAGAGCGUUGCCUGUCUGGGUAUGACGGGCAUGACAGUGUUCAUGGUAUGCAUGGCGGCUGUAUCACGAACUCAGACACCCGACGCGGCAUAUUGGAUCCUCGCCGUGGUCCUCGGAGCGGGCAUUGGUUUCAUUCUCCCCACAGCCAUGGUCAUCGCUCAGCUGAGCACGCCGCUUGAAUUAAUCGCGGAGACGUCGGCACUCGUGGUGUCCGCAAGGUCAAUGGGUGCCACGGUUGGCCUCGCCAUCAAUAGCGCUAUCUUCACCAGCAGCAUAUCGACAGAACUACCGAAGCGAGUCGCAGCCGCCGUUCUUCCUCUAGGACUUCCUCCAACCUCACUCGGAGGUCUGAUCGGCGCUCUGCAAUCCAGGAAUUCCGAGGCCAUUUUCGCCGUUCCAGGUGUGACCCCUGAGAUCGCCGGCGCUGCCGGGCAUGCAAUUUUGGAAUCGUUUGCCAUUAGUUUCAGAUGGGUGUGGGUCUCUGCCGCGUGCUUCUGCGCAGUUUCCACGAUAAUGACAUUCUUCUUGGUAAAUCCGACCGAGGAGUUCACCGCUCAUAUCGACGCCCCCGCAGAUGAAACAAUUGUUGCCGCUCAAGCCAAGGCGGAGGGUAUGCUCGGAGAGAGUGUAGCGAAGGCAGAGCAUGUAGAAAUCAAGCACUAG